ACCAACAGACUGUGGUGGCCGACAAAAGAGCAGUGGGUCCGGUCAUCAAUUAACGGGCUGGGCCGGAUUUAAAUUAAGAACGGGCCGGGCUAGAGCGGAUCGCUGAUGGACGCCACUUGGCUUCGUUUUGUUCGUCGGAUUGUGAGUGGCGUCAAGGGUACUUUCGGUAUAUGAGGAAAUAAAAGGAAUCGGAGGUUGGUUUUGAGGGGCUGAUCGGCUCGUUCUUUGAGCUCGAGAAACCCUUGGAUUCGGAUUCGCCAUGGCUGCGAGGAUUGCUGCGAGGUACGUCGCUCGGAGGCUGUCUACCGGGGGGAAGGUGCUCAGCGAGGAGGAGAAGGCGGCGGAGAACGUUUACAUCAAGAAAAUGGAGAAAGAGAAGUUAGAGAAGCUUGCACAUAAGGGCCCAAAACCAGGAGAGCAAACCCCAGCAGCUGAUGUGAAGCCCAGCACACCUCCAGGAUCAUCAACUGCUGCUGGUGUUUCAACAGACGAGAACCGCAACUAUGCCGUACUUGCUGGGACAGUUGCUGCUGCUUGUGGUCUGGGCUGGUAUCUCUUGUCUAAACCAAAGAAAUCUGCAGAAGUCGCAGACUGAAGCUUCUCUGUGGUUGAAGAGACCACAAACCCUUUUGCUUGUCUUGUUUGUUAACCAGAUAGUGCGCUGAGUGCCUACAGGUUUACCCUCUCCAUCUGAGGUGGGAAUUCAAUGCUUCUGCUCCAGUUUCCAUCCAGCUUGCACUGCUCUGUUACAAUUAUUCAAAGCAGUAUCAUUCAGCUGUCGAAAUAAGUUCCGUUUUUUCUGCAA